AAAAGAUGUACAAAUUGUACAUCUAUAGCAAUAUUUUUACUUCAAUGUUUUUCCCCUGAUCAGGGAUUCAUGUCAGUAUGCAAAGUGUUUUGUGUUGUUUAGAGUCAGUCUUUACUUAAUUUCAAGUCUGAUCAUUCAUGUUAAAAACUGAGACGUGUUUGUGUUUAAUACCCUGUUGGUGUAUUAUUUAGUACAGAUUACUGCUCCAGCAGAUCUGUAUGAAAGACAGCAAUAUGCAUUCUUAUUGUUUAUUCACUGUGCACAUUGUCGACUCGUCACUGACUUGAUGCCCACGUUGCUGUGAGGCUUUGUUAAAUAAUCUUCAGUUGCCUGUGGUGAUGGGGCUGAUUAUGUGCAAUUGCUUUGCAUUGCAUUUUAAUUUCCGUGAGAUUGUCAGAAGAGAAAAAACACAUUUCAAAGCAAAUAACCAGCAAUGUUUAAAAAACAAAAAAAAGCACAAUGAAUAUCAGAUGAACUCCUAUCUUUUUUCCAUCUUAAUAUUAAAAUGUAUUUUUGUUACUGGCUAAUCUACAGAUGUACUGUUUAUUUAAAUAUGCAGAAUAAAUCUGUCUGCUCUGCUCUGCUCUAAUGUGUUUGCUCAUGCAUACUCAAAUGGCAAAAGCUUUCCGUUGCACUGAAUACGUUAGCGUGUUAAAUUGAGCGAAGUAGUGAAAUGUUCACUGUACUACUUGGCCAGUGGCACUUCCCUGAGUCUCUUAUUAUUGCACAGCACUCCUUAUCUGUGAACAUGCUUAUCUUAUCUGGGUUUAUGGUGGGAGAGGACUGGGUUGCCUUUGUUUUACUGAAGCAUUACAUCAACAGUUGGCUCACUUGAGCUUUGUCCACGAAGUAAGUAAGUUUGCUGUAAUAAAGAAACUUGUGUUAGGGCUGUGUUAAAUGUCUAAAACGGGCAGAAAAAAAGAAAACAUCUUCGUAUGAAGGAUGGAUGAGGCAGAAGCCCUUGGAACUGAGGAGGAAGGCGUUGUUACACUCGAAGAAAAGCACUUGCUGGCUACAGAAGAGACUUGUGUCAGAGUUUUCUACACCGCGAGGGGCAAGCGAGACGAUGGGAGCGACUCAGUCACACAACCUCUGCUUCAGCACAAACAUCAGGACAGCCGUGAUGAGAAUCACAAAGCUGACACGCAAAUAGCGACAGAUGGGGCUGACCUAAAGACAUCUGUUCCACAUCAGCUGGAAUUGGCUGGCAGGCGUGAGGCCAGCUGCGGUGGAAGUGUCAGGAGUUUGUGCAGUGACAGCAGUCAGCACGAGUGCCCCAUCUGCAGCGAGCUGCUCCACUCGCACCACAUCACCUUACUCAACUGCAACCACACACUGUGCCACCGCUGUAUAGCUGGCAUCAUGAGGCGGGCCAAGGACCAGAGCCGACUGCAGUGCCCCUUCUGUCGACAGACCACCCCGUUCCCACAGUGGGAGAUCAGAAGGCUGCAGGAGGAGUCGUACAGUGACAGGGUUUACGAGCCCGGACCGGCCCUCGUCGUCAGUCCUGGCCCUGAGCUUCAGGCCGUCCCUGCAUCGCUGUUAUGCUGCUUUACUGGGGAAGAGCAGCUGGAGGCAGACACACACAUAUGUGGAUGCAGCAUCUACCCUGGCUGCCUUGUCAGAGGCUUCAGACUGGUGCGACCGUAUUUCAUCUGCUUCUGUGUCACUGCUCUGCUGCUGCUCUUCCUGGUGCUGCUGGGCUACUUCCUGUACAUGGUUGUUCCUGUUCUAAUACUGUCCAUAGUUUUCAGUGGCGGCUAAGCGUAUGGAUCAGCAUUUGAGUGAUGUCUUGACUUCUGCAAAAUGGUUUAUGAAUUAACUGCCUGUUGUUAUGACCCGGCUCUUAUGCCACAGCAAAUGGGAGACACACCAUGGUAACGUUUUACAAAAAUAUACUUUAUUAUUCAAAUGAAACCAAAUCAGACCAAAUAAAUGAUUAUUAAA